GGAGUGGGAAGAGGAGACGGUGUUGCGGACUAGGCUCUAGAUCUAGCUAGGAAACAUGAUAUCAGAAGGAGGUUCGUUUAUGCGGGGCAUGUUGAUAGGGGGAGGCUUCUGUGUAGUCAUUACACUUCUGGGACAUAUUAAAGUUGGACAUGAACAAGGCAUUUCCCAUGAGCAUCAUCACAUUCAGGCACCAGAUAAGGAGGAAGUGAAGAAGCUCUCGGAAUCUGAACGCUUGGAACUUAGUCAUAGCAUGCAAGUGUAUUGUAUAAUUCUUGUCAGGCCUAAAGACUUAAGUCACUGGGCUGCAGUCCGUGAAACCUGGAGCAAACACUGUGACAAAGCUGACUACUAUAGCUCGGAGCCUAUGAAAGUGUUUGAGUCCAUCUCUGUCGACACCAAUGACCUGUGGGCGAUGAUGAGAAAAGCCAUCCAGAUGACUUACGAAAACAACAAGAAUGCGUACAACUGGUUCUUUAUUUGCACACCUUCCACCUUUGCAGUGAUUGAAAACCUUAAAUACUUCCUGCUUCAAAAGGAUCCUUCUCAGCCUUAUUACCUCGGGCACACUGUGAAAUCCGGAGACUUGGACUACGUUGACAUCGCUGGUGGAAUUGUGUUAAGCAUUGAGUCGCUGCAUCGUCUUUUCUCCAUUUUUAAGGAACCGGAGAAGUGUCCAGAGCAGGGCGGCUUAAUAUUCAAAAUGUCUGAGGACAAGCAGUUAGCCAUGUGUCUCAAAUACAAGGGGGUCUUGGCAGAGAAUGCAGAAGACUCAGAAGGUAAAAAUGUCUUCAACACAAAAUCCGUUGGCACGCUUAUUCAAGAAACCAUGGCCAACAAUCCCCAAAAAGUGGUGGAAGGAUGCUGCUCAGACAUGGCAAUAACUUUCAGUGGUAUAUCACCCAACUUCAUGCACGUCAUGAUGUAUGGCGUAUACAGACUGAGAGCUUAUGGACACAGUUUCAAUGACGCUCUCGUUUUCCAUCCCAAACCUGACUCAGACAAUGACUGAUGUUUGGGAAUCAUGGCCGUCAUCACUUCUCACUGGGAUUUUUUUUUACAGUAAAAAAAAAAUAUGUUGAUUGUACCAAUAUCAAAAUUGCAUUAGAAGGAUUUGUGGUUUUCUUUUUUUUCUUGUUGCUAUUUUGUUUUGGUCAAGAUUAUUUAACUGAAAAAAAAUGUUUGGGGUCACAACCUGAUCAAAGUAUUUGUGAAAUUUAGAGUUGGUGCAUUUGGUUUGCACACAAGAUACAAGUCCGUUCCGCCUGACCGUCGUGGUGCAUUACUUGUUGGCUCGUAAUGAGAUUGUACAAAAUUUUUACACACUGACAAUUUUUGCACUCAAAGUCUAUUUUUAUAACUCCGUGGAAGAUGGCUGCGCAUUCAGUUUUUUAUGUAAAGUGAGCUUUUAAAAGAUUUUUUUUGGGGGGGGGGGAUGCUCCCUGUGGGAGGCUAAUCGUGCUUCAAGUUUUAGUGGGCAUGACCCAAGAAUCAGCAGCCUUCAAGUUCCAGUUGAAGUCCCAGCAUCCUUGAAUUCAGGGUAAUAGCUGGCAGGUCACAGAAGGGUCCUUAAUGUAACCCAGUAUCAUUGCCAAAUUUUCACUUUGUUAUUCUAACCUUCUCAGUGUACUCCAUAUUGAAGGCUAAUACCCGCCCCCCUGCACAUAGAAUUGGUAUCAGUGAAUAAUAAAAAGAAUCCCCCACAGUAUUCUUAUUAGAACUUUUUUUUAGAAAGGAAAUAAAAGGAAUUUCUAUUGUGGUUAUAAAUGAAAAAGGGCAAAGAUUUUCGGUGCACAGACCAGAACAUUUGAUGAUCUAGUACAGUUAGAGUGCUGAAAAACAAACGGUAUGGAUUAGUAUACUGAACGAGACCAUGUUAUAGCGUAACUGCAUGGUAAGAUUUAUCUCAAAAAAAGGAGAAUCUUUACUUUUUAAGCUGUGUACAUUGCCUCAAUACCACAUCUUUAAAGGAACAGCAAAAAAAGGCAAGUGUUUUAAAGUUAUAAAAAUAUAAAGUACUGUUGCCCUGCACAGGUUAUACUGGUGUGUUUGCUUCACAAAGACUGCUAAUAAACUGCUGUGUAGCCCCUAGGGCACCCAUUCGAGCUAGAAAAAGUAGAAAAGCCAUUGGUUACAUAAGCUCUAUAGAAUACAAUGGUGUUUUACAGAGCUAUCCAUUAUCUGCUGUUACAUGUGCCAUUUAGCCCUAUUUCAAUUUAAACAGCUACCCCCUUCCCCAUUGGUGCACAGCAGCUUUGAUUAUAUAAGCUAUAGUAGGCUUUCUGAAGCAAACACAGUGCAGGGUAACAGUACAUAAUAUUUUAAUUAUUAUGAUACAUUUUCAUUGUUUUGAUGUUACUGAUCCUUUAACAUAUUUUGGGGCAAUUAUUUUUACCCCCACUGUGUCAAUUCUGAAUCAGAUCCUAAGAAAUCCCUUGUAGGCAGUGGGCCAGAGUGGAACACUGUAGUAGCAGUUUAUACGGUAAGUGGUAGGGAUCAAUUACUAGCAAUUGCCAUUACCACCGAUGCCUUAAAAAUGAAUGGUAAUUUGCAUUACUAUAACCAUAAUAAAAUGAUGCAUUCUUUCCCAGAUAUCCCUUAUAAUGUAUGUAUGUUUUGCACUUAUAAGUGCUUGGCAGUUUUUUUGAUACAAUAUACCCAAUAUUCUUAAGACAAUAUAUUAAUGGAGUAGAUACUUUUGCCCUGAAAUCUUUCUGAUUUCAGUCCCCCUACUAAUGCUUUCAGGUUGGAAUUUGCCUAAUUGAGGUUGCCUGCUCUAUUAUAAAGAUGGCUAGAGCCCCACCUGCAAGGCCUAUGAUACAUGGAGUGAUUUGGGGGCAUAUUUCCUGCCCCUUUUUUCAUUGUCUUAAAAUGUGCAUGAAAAUGCCCCUGCCACUCUCACUGUGUUGUAAAGCAAUUGCCUGCAAACUCUGGCACCGCUGGCUUUCAUGCAUCAAAUUCAUCUGUGCACUAUAGCUGGUCAUUUCAUACCAUUGCCAUUAAAAAUGAUCAAAUGCAAAGGGCAAGAGGAAUUUAGAUUUCUGUCUUUUAGCCUUUUGCUUUAAUUUCCAUCUGCCUUAGUGCAGUGACCUACUGUUCCUUUCCAGUGACGUACAUGUACACAAUAGAAACUAUUGCCUUCAAAGACAACUGAUAGUAUAGCACCACCAAACACCAUAAAGACACUUUAUUUUCAGGAAAGAUAAGAAGAACUUGAUAUUUUGAUGCCAUAUAUUUAAUAUCUAAUAAAACCAAACUAUUCCGGGCGUGUUCCCUUCACUCCAAGGAGAGACUCAUCUGAAGACAUUUUGGGGGUGGCAAUGUCAUAGGUACAAUGAAGAAUUAGGGUAUUCUAUUUGGGGUAUUGAUAUUUUGCUAUAUAUUGUCUUGGUAUGGGGAAAUGUAAUGGGAUUUCUUGUAAAGAUUAAAAUAUUUGUAACUUUUUAAAAUCUGGGUAAUGUAAAACUAUAUAUAAAAUAAUAAAAUCUAUUUUAUAUUAA